AAAAGACUAUUAUUUGAGCAUGCGCAGUGACGACACGGAAGUGAACAAGGCGAAAGGAAAAGAACAGAAAAAACAUAACACUUAUUUACUGAGAUUUUACGAUGUCCUCAGAUUCAAGUAGUCGGAUUAAAUCAUACAAGAACAAAGCGCUCGACUCUCUGGAGCUAAGGCGACGCAGAGAAGAGGAGGGGAUUCAAAUUCGUAAACAAAAGAGAGAUGAAACUUUGUCCAAGAGGCGCAAUGUUGCGCUGGACGCAGGGGAAGAGGAACUGGGCUCAGAUGUCCCAGAGGGCAUAGUCACUAACCUAGAGGGUGGGAUAACCCAGGAGAUGGUUGCCGACCUGUACAGCGACGACCAGGAGAGGCAGGAACAGGCCACACAGAAGUUCAGGAAACUCCUGUCUAGAGAGCCCAACCCUCCCAUCGAUGAGGUGAUUCAAACUGGCAUCAUUCCAAAGUUUGUGGAGUUUUUGGAAAGGGACAACUGCACAUUACAGUUUGAGGCAGCGUGGGUGUUGACAAAUAUAGCUUCGGGCUCGUCCCUUCAGACGAGAGUGGUGAUAUCGUCCAACGCUGUGCCCAUCUUUGUACGACUUCUCUCCUCGCCCAUAGAAGAUGUACAAGAACAGGCAGUGUGGGCUCUGGGUAACAUUGCUGGAGAUAGCCCGGAGUGCAGAGACUAUGUCCUCAGUGAGGGUAUCCUUGUACCCCUACUACAGUUGUUGAGCAAGAGCACGAGUUUGUCAAUGACGAGGAAUGCUGUCUGGUGUCUUUCCAACUUGUGCAGAGGCAAGAACCCACCUCCAGAGUUCUCCAAGGUGUCUCCCUCCCUGCCAAUCCUGUCCCGGCUCCUGUAUCACACAGACAAGGAUGUGCUAUCAGAUGCCUGCUGGGCCCUCUCCUACCUCUCCGAUGGGCCAAAUGAGAAAAUCCAGGCCGUCAUUGACUCAGGGGUCUGCAGACGGCUAGUAGAGUUGCUCAUGCACAACCACCAGAGUGUGGUGUCUGCUGCCCUCCGUGUUGUGGGCAAUAUUGUCACCGGGGAUGACUACCAGACACAGGUGAUCCUGAGCUGUUCCGCUCUGCCCUGUCUGCUCCACCUGCUGGGCAGCUCUAAGGAAUCAAUUCGUAAGGAGGCUUGCUGGACCAUCUCCAACAUCACCGCCGGCAACAGGAUGCAGAUUCAGGCAGUGAUCGACGCAAACAUUUUUCCGGUUCUAAUUGACAUCCUGAAUCGGGCAGACUUCAAAACACGCAAAGAGGCAGCCUGGGCCAUAACUAACGCAACUUCUGGAGGAUCACCUGAACAAAUCAAGUUCCUAGUAGAGCAGGGCUGUAUCCCACCUCUGUGCGACCUUCUCACUGUGCUGGACAGCAAGAUCGUGGCCGUAGCCCUCAAUGGCCUUGAGAACAUCCUUCGUCUUGGUGACCAGCUCGCCAAGGCCAACAACGGAACCAACCCUUACGCUGUCCUCAUUGAAGAAUGCUAUGGACUGGACAAGAUUGAGUUCCUUCAGAGCCAUGAGAACAGAGAUAUCUACCAGAAGGCGUUCGACAUGAUUGAGCGAUACUUCGGAGUGGAGGAAGAGGACAAAACCGUAGCUCCUGAAGUGGAUCAGAAUUCAGAACAGUUCCAGUUCCAGGCAAACAAUGCACCCAUGGGAGGAUUCAACUUCUAGAGCUGAAAUGGAGUGCAUUGAUCAGCUUCCAUAACAUAACAUCAGCCAACUGCCAGCAUUGGAUCGGAUAUGAGAUUUGAGAAUCUCAGGAUUUGCAAUUUGCAAAGUCCUUCGGCCAUUGACGUUUCAACAGUCCCCAGCCCCAAGACACAUGGUGUGUCCGCCCAACGACGUUCAGAGAUCCCAGGCCCAUGACACUUGUUGUGUCCACCCAGCGACGUUUCGAGAUCCCAGGUCCAAGGCCAUCGACGUUUUGACCAGACUUGGUCCCCCCCGCCUGGCACAGGCAACAGUCACGUGAUCCCCCCGACAGACACAUGACUUCUCCAUCGACGAGAUGAGUAACCACAGCACGCGCUACCAUGUGGAUUAAAGAUAUCCAGAAGAGGAACACGCUUCCAGAAGUGUGUAUACACACAGUAUGAAUGUGUUAAAUACAAACAGAAUUUAAAGCACAAAGAACUGCAGUGUUUGAACUGAUAUAUGUGGUGAAAAAAGGCCAAAGACAUUUGUAUGAGAGUUAAGUUUUAUUGACGAUGUGUCCAUAGACGUACAGAAAUGAGGAACAGGAGAUAAUACUUUUGAAAGAUUAAAGUGUGACCAACCAGGAAGAAGUGAUUUCAAGUUUUCGUGAGGUUCCUCAAUAAACUAGUCCUUGUUUGACUUGAGAACUAUGCAGUGUGAAAGUAUUUAUGAUGUUUUAAUGUAAGAAAUGUGAUCUCACUAUUUACAUGAGAAGUGAACAUAAAAAUAUAUGUUUCUAAUUUAUAAGGCCUGAAAAAGAAAUUGUUUGUUUCAGGUAACCCUACCUAAUAAAAGCAGCCGACUCUAGUAAAAAAAAAAAAAAAAAAAAAUCCCUACCUAUCCUAGCUUUUACGUUUGGGGAUGUUACCCUAAACAAACAAUUAUUUUUUUAGGCCUAAACAAAAUAAUAGUUUGUGUGACGUUAUUAAAAAAAGUAAUGCUAUAACAGCAUUAUUAACCUCUUUUCAGAGGGCAGCUCCAAAAUCAAAGAAUGUGAGUUUACGAGUGUGUGAGAAAAUUGAGAGAAAGUGAAUCCCACGGACGUGUUCAUUACAGUGCGUUAUAAGGAGUGAGGGCGAGAGGAUUCUAUCUAUUUUGUUUUCAAUGUAAUUUGGAACGUUUUCACUUUCACUCCUUGGAUUUAGCACUUUAGACGAGCCCCAGUCCAUUGACGCUCAACGACUUAUUGUGGUACUGCCAGUCUCGAUACUAUCUGGUUCGGAGUGGACAAAGCAACAACAAAUAGCUGUGAUGUUAACUUGAUUGAAAUUAUAGUAUUGGUAUUGAGCCAUGUUGAAAUUAAUUACAUUUAGGGGGCUCGCCACAAGACAGUUCGUUGUUACUCCUAUAAUUAUAAGAGUUAAUAGGCCGAUUGUUCAGAACUUUGUUAAAGUUAACAACAUUGUUCAUUGUUAACUUUUAAACAUAAAAUAUGUCAUGAUGGUUUCAUAUAUUUUAUUCAAACAAGUACAGCUGAAAAGUUGUCUCAAAUCUUAAUUUAAUUUAAAACAGAUUAAAUGUGUAUUCUUAAAAUUUUCAGAGAAGUAAUGAUUCGAAAGUGAACAACAAUGACAUUAACAACAUUGUAAACUUUUAACCAAGUUGUGAACAAUUGGCUCAAUGUCUGUUAAUGUUCGAGCCCUUGAAAUGUAUAUAAUUAUCAUGCAGAAUGUUAUCUUGACUGUUGUUGUUACUGAAGAGGUUUUCAUGUCCAUUACAGAACCAGUAGUUGAAGGAAUUAUUAACAGAGGUUUAUAUUUCAUAUUGUUCAAAGCUUUCAGUUUUUCUAUGUUUUAGUUUUUACUAAAAUCUUAAUGAUUAAGAUUUUUAAUUCAUGUCAUCUAACCAUUAUGAAAUUACAAAGGUGUUUUUGUAUAUUUAAUGUAAUACAUUUGACUAAAGGAACUUCGGCAGCAUAAUAAUGAUAAAUAGAUGUAGAUGCUGAAUGUUAUGAUCUACAAAUUUGAAUCUGUUGGAAAUAUGAAAUGUUAACCUCUCUAAUUGUUGACUUAUAUACUUUUGACUAUUGGUCAAGUGAAAACACCAUGGUCAUUUAACGGUCUAUUGAGAGUGGUGAUUUCUCUUGACCACCCGACAGGUCCUGCCCUUUUCUGAAGGACUUGCGAUAUGUGAUAGGGAGGGCUCGGCACAACACUGACGUCUUUCCUUCCAUUUUAAUAUUAAGGAGUUGCGUCGGUCUUGAACUGAGCCCUCAUAAGGUUGUCAUAACUUCACAUUGUUGGGAGCCCAACCAACUUGUAGGUUUAACAGCGUUAAGUUAAAGAUUAUACAUACAUGUGUAGCUGUAUUAAUAGUCAAUGUAUGUUUUUGACCAUUUUUUUGCUUAUUUUUUUAACCAUACAUGUAGUGUAAUUUUAAGCAAAGAACCAAGUUAGUUUAAAGGAACAUCCAUUGCAUAAUAAACUUAGAUAAUACUUAACGUGAAUAAAAACAAUUUAUUUUUUGGCUUAUCAACAAUAAGAGAUGUUAUCUAAACUUCACUCUCUUUGUUUAAAAUAACCUAACAAAAUCUAAUGUUAUAUAUAGCCUUGAUGUGACCUGUUAUGAUUGUAAAGAAAGCAUUCCAAUAGUUUGAAGUUGUUACAAAGAUGUAUAAAUUGGAUCUUGAUAAAAUAUCCUAACCAUUCUCGUUUCAUCUUUACAUUGUAUAAUACAUGUACAUCAUUGAGUCAUUUAUUGUAGCGGAAUGUUUAAAGAUGUAUCUGUGUUAACUUAUAUUAUUGAAUAAUGUAUUGAGUAUAUUGAACUAAUCGUUGGUCUGUUCCACAUGUCUUUUAGCGCAAACAUGCAUAUCACACGUGUACCUGUUAACAAUAGAGAGGUUGCGAAACUUUACAUGUAUGUGUACUUGUACAUGUAGCUAGUCAUACAAGUAAAAGUUACCAGUGAUUUUUUUUCCACUUAUAAGGGAAUGGUGGUGGGGCUCUUUGAUUAGGGAAAAUAGUGUUGUUUUGGCGAAAAGGGGAAUAAACUAACAUGAUUUAUAUCAAGUUCAACAUGUUUCAAACCUUUUAGUCAACAAACCUAUGGUAAUAUUCAUGAAUGACCCUAUAUUGCUACAUUUGCUGAAUGUAAAGAGGUCAAUGCUCCACCAAAAAAAAUAAUUUUAAGCUAUUUUUUUGCCUGGGCAGGAGGGGAGGUGGUCCGAAUGUCCGCCCCAAAUAGGGCCGAAUAAAAAAACUGGUUACAGUUGCCCUUCAGAGCUUUUUGCGAAUACCCUCUCAAUCUCUUCAUGUAUCAGUAGGAUCACUGACUCCCUCAAGACUUGAUCCUCAUGAUUUUGAGGACGUCAUUAUUUGUCGCCAUGAACGAGCCUACACGUGUAUGAGAUAGAUCACAAAUGUUCUACGUGUCCUGGAUAUUGACCGCACGCUUUAACAUUGUAAAACAAACCUGAACCUGGAUGACGUAGCAGUCAAAAGGAGCUAACAUGAUUGUACACGUACAAGAAAUGUUUCGUAACCUCUAUUGCUUUCAGUCGGCAUGCUUUUUACAAAUUUUAACAGUUUAAACCUAUGUUUUGGUUAAUGGUGUACAUUUGUUUUGUUUUCUAUGUCUUUGUUUCCUGUAUUUCUGUGGUGCUGAAACUUCUCUUUUACAGACACUGCUUAUAACGAGGUCGUAUUGUAUUGAUUUUCUUUGAAUUUCUCAAGUAAUGUUCUUUUAUAUGUCUCGCUAUGAAAAAUAAGGUUUUUACUUUGUUCUGUCUUUCUUCUACUGGAUUCAAUGUAGAUUUUAUAUUGUUAAUGAUGUGUAUAUAGUUAUUGUUUUGACAUGGAGAAAAACAAAUAAAUGAGGAAACAAUA